AGCCUCCCAGUCAGCCUCUGGGGGUCCCUGUGGAGCACCUAGGGUCUGGGGCAUGACGAGGCUGAUCGACUGCCAACUGGGACGUGGGGCCAACUGGGAUUUCGGGCAGGGGCUCUGCCUCCCAAGGGACCCCCGCCCAGGCCAGGCCAGUCAGGGCUCUGGCCCAGGGAAGGAAAGGAGGAACCAGCCAGGCCGGAGGAAGUGUCAGCGCAGCCCCUCUGUCCACCCAGGUGUGGGACAGGCACUGACCUCAGACCGGGGCCACACUGAGGUCUGCCCUUCUCCCGCUGGCCGCCACCCAGGACACCAUGAGCCAGUCCGGGGCCAUGAGCUGCUGCCCGGGUGCCACCAAUGGCAGCCUGGGCCGGUCCGACGGUGUGGCCAAGAUGAGCCCCAAGGACCUGUUUGAGCAGAGGAAGAAGUAUUCCAACUCCAACGUCAUCAUGCACGAGACCUCGCAGUACCACGUCCAGCACCUGGCCACAUUCAUCAUGGACAAGAGUGAAGCCAUCACGUCUGUGGACGAUGCCAUCCGGAAGCUGGUGCAGCUGAGCUCCAAGGAGAAGAUCUGGACCCAGGAGAUGCUGCUGCAGGUGAACGACCAGUCGCUGCGGCUGCUGGACAUUGAGUCUCAGGAGGAGCUGGAAAACUUCCCGCUGCCCACCGUGCAGCGCAGCCAGACGGUCCUGAACCAGCUGCGCUACCCGUCUGUGCUGCUGCUCGUGUGCCAGGACUCCGAGCAGAGCAAGCCUGAUGUCCACUUCUUCCACUGCGAUGAGGUGGAGGCAGAGCUGGUGCACGAGGACAUCGAGAGCGCGUUGGCCGACUGCCGGCUGGGCAAGAAGAUGCGGCCGCAGACCCUGAAGGGACACCAGGAGAAGAUUCGGCAGCGGCAGUCCAUCCUGCCCCCUCCCCGGGGCCCGGCGCCCAUCCCCUUCCAGCACCGCGGCAGGGACUCCCCGCAGGCCAAGAAUCGCGUGGGCCCGCAGGUGCCACUCAGCGAGCCAGGUUUCCGCCGUCGGGAGUCGCAGGAGGAGGAGCCGCGGGCCGUGCUGGCUCAGAAGAUAGAGAAGGAGACGCAAAUCCUCAACUGCACCCUGGACGACAUCGAGUGGUUUGUGGACCGGCUGCAGAAGGCGGCUGAGGCUUUCAAGCAGCUGAACCAGCGGAAGAAGGGAAAGAAGAAGGGCAAAAAGGGGCCAGCAGAGGGCGUCCUCACACUGCGGGCACGGCCCCCCUCUGAGGGCGAGUUCAUUGACUGCUUCCAGAAAAUCAAGCUGGCGAUUAACUUGCUGGCAAAGCUGCAGAAGCACAUCCAGAACCCCAGCGCCGCGGAGCUUGUGCACUUCCUCUUCGGGCCUCUGGACCUGAUCGUCAACACCUGCGGUGGCCCAGACAUCGCACGCUCUGUCUCCUGCCCACUGCUCUCCCGAGAUGCCGUGGACUUCCUGCGCGGCCACCUGGUCCCUAAGGAGAUGUUGCUGUGGGAGUCACUGGGAGAGAGCUGGAUGCGGCCCCGCUCCGAGUGGCCGCGGGAGCCCCAGGUGCCCCAGUACGUGCCCAAGUUCCACAGCGGCUGGGAGCCUCCCGUGGAUGUGCUGCAGGAGGCCCCCUGGGAGGUGGAGGGGCUGGCAUCUGCCCCCAUCGAGGAGGUGAGUCCAGUGAGCCGACAGUCCAUACGAAACUCCCAGAAGCACAGCCCCACUUCAGAGCCCACCCCCCCGGGGGAUGCCCUACCACCAGCCAGCUCCCCACAUACUCACAGGGGCUACCAGCCAACACCAGCCAUGGCCAAGUACGUCAAGAUCCUGUACGACUUCACAGCCCGAAAUGCCAACGAGCUAUCGGUGCUCAAGGAUGAGGUCCUAGAGGUGCUGGAGGACGGCCGGCAGUGGUGGAAGCUGCGCAGCCGCAGCGGCCAGGCGGGGUACGUGCCCUGCAACAUCCUAGGCGAGGCGCGGCCCGAGGACGCCGGCGCCCCCUUCGAGCAGGUGAGCCCGCGCGGGUCGCUGGGGUCGCAGCCCCGCCCGAAGGCCAGCCCCGCGGCUGGAGAGGCUGGGGCCGGUCAGAAGUACUGGGGCCCCGCCAGCCCGACCCACAAGCUGCCCCCAAGCUUCCCGGGGAACAAAGACGAGCUCAUGCAGCACAUGGACGAGGUCAACGACGAGCUCAUCCGGAAAAUCAGCAACAUCAGGGCGCAGCCACAGAGGCACUUUCGCGUGGAGCGCAGCCAGCCCGUGAGCCAGCCGCUCACCUACGAGUCGGGUCCCGACGAGGUCCGCGCCUGGCUGGAAGCCAAGGCCUUCAGCCCGCGGAUCGUGGAGAACCUGGGCAUCCUGACCGGGCCGCAGCUCUUCUCCCUCAACAAGGAGGAGCUGAAGAAGGUGUGCGGCGAGGAGGGCGUCCGCGUGUACAGCCAGCUCACCGUGCAGAAGGCCUUCCUGGAGAAGCAGCAAAGUGGGUCGGAGCUGGAAGAACUCAUGAACAAGUUUCAUUCCAUGAAUCAGAGGAGGGGGGAGGACAGCUAGGCCCCGCUGCCGUGGGCGGGGGCCUGCGGAGGGGAAGCCCACCUGCAAUGCAUGGAGUAUUAUUUUUAUAUGUGUAUGUAUUUUGUACCAACGACAUGGAGGGGGUGUGGUGCUGGCUAGGGGUUCCUGCCCCUGUCCGGAGGCACAAGGCCCAUCCAUAGGCCCAGCAGUACCCAAGGCCCCAGCCCACACCAAGACCAAUCUCAGCCAAACCUGCCGCCUGGUGGUGCCGGCCCCUUGUCCACCCUCCCCUGAGGCCACAGAACUCCCUGGGGCUGGUCCCUCUUUCUCUGGCCUCCCCUGUGCACCUGGGGGGUCCUGGCCCCUGUGAUGCUCCCCCAUCCCCACCCACUUCUACAUCCAUCCACCCCCCAGGGUGGGCUGGAGCUCCAGGCUGAGCCCCACACACACGCGGGGCUCUGCUCCCUGAGGGGGGCGUGGGAGGGGCUCCAGCAGGAGGCCGUGGCUGCCAUUCCGGGGAAAGUGGGGGAAUGACACACGCUUCACCUGCAAGGGCCGAGGAUGCAGGGGACACCGUGCCGGCUUCAGACACUCCCAGCACCCACCCUCACAGGCCCAGGACUGGACCUUUCUCUGGCCAAGUUUCAGGCCAAUGAUCCCCGCAUGGUGUUGGGGAUGCUGGUGUGUCUUGGUGCCUGGACUUGAGUCUCACCCUACAGAUAAGAGGUGGCUGAGGCACCAGGGCUAAGCAAUUAAAUCAGUUAAGUCUCCCAGGA